AUGGAUUCAACAGCAUCCAGACCACGGCCACGGCCAGCCCACACCCAAGGAACAACGAGGUGUGCAUAUACGACAGAUGGCAAUCGACUUGUGACCGUCGGCUCCAAUAAUACAAUUCGACUCUACAAAACUGGUUCUGACGGAGAACCUACAAAUAUCGACGACUGCCAAGAACAAAAUGUCUCCAUCGCAGCUGGAAAGGACUUCUUUGUUGUCGGCUCCGAAGACGGCACUUGGUGUGCGGUUGCAAGUGAUGAGCUUAGUGUCAAGCUUGUCAAUACCAAGGACAUUACACAGGUGAAGCAUAUGCGGGAGCACAGCAAGCCAGCCAGACAUGUCACCUUGGACCCUCAGGGACGGCUAGCUGCACUGUCUUGCACUGACGGCAUCAUAUACAUAUACUCCCUGACUUCUGAGGAGCCUGAACUGAUCCGUAAAGUCGAUGGAAUCAUUGGAGCCGUGGACAGCGAGGCCGAGGUAUCGACAAGAGUUGCCUGGCACCCCGACGGCCGAGCCUUUGCAGUACCCACUCCGACCAAAGAUAUUCAGGUCAUCUCCAAGAACGACUGGGAGAAGCAAAGACGUUUUGCCGACGGCCAUCUGUCUGAUAUAACUGCCAUUGCCUGGUCUCCGAACGGUGCCCUCCUAGCCUCGGCCGGCAAGGAUGGCAAGGUCUUGAUCUGGGAAACCAAAACCCAGAGUGUCAUACAGCGAUACGAUUACUCCAACGUCAUCGACCUGGCUUGGCACCCGUCCAGGAAUAUAUUAUCAUUCGCAACUACCGAUGGCGAGGUUUUCAUCUACCCAGACUUCCUUCCUGACCAAUUUUCUCCGUUAUUGAAGCUCAACACCCAACCAGCUCCCUUUAUUCACGAUCCUUUAUCCGAAAUCUCAGGAAACCGACAGCAAUUUCCGAUCAAUGGCCACAAAGAACAAGCAAUUCCCACCCGACCUCGUAGGGACUCUUUGGCGAGUAUAGACUCCCUGCUUGGUGAUGAGGCGGAGGAUGAUGAUUUUGUAGUCGACGACGACGGUGCUGGCUAUGCCGUUGGCCGAGGUAGUAAGCGAGUACGCGAUGUCGAUGAUGCGUUCGGGGAUCCAGCGAGCAAGCGGAUGCAUCUCAUGCAGCCACAGCAUCAUGAGGCAUUCCAACCUGGUUCAACGCCUUGGCGAGGCAACAGGAAAUACCUGUGUCUGAAUCUCAUUGGAUUUGUGUGGACAGUGGACCAAGACUCGCACUACACAGUGACGGUAGAGUUCUACGACCACGAAUUCCAACGAGAUUUUCACUUCACAGACACGUUUCUCUAUGACAAGGCUUGCCUGAAUGAACGCGGCACGCUGUUUUCGAGCCCGCCCAAAGAUGAUGCCCCAGCCUACAUUUUCUACAGACCACACGAGAGUUGGACUCAGCGUUCAGAUUGGCGAACACAGCUUCCAAAGGGAGAGGCUGUCACAGCCAUGUCCCUGAGCGAGUCCUUCAUCACAGUAACCACAUCUGCCAACUACGUCCGAGUAUACACUCUCUUCGGCAUGCCCUUCCGGGUGUAUCGCCCCAAGAGUUCUCCGAUGGUAACUUGCGCUAGUUGGAGAGACUAUGUCCUCACAAUAGGCAAUGGUCCUGUUGGGUCAGACGGGAGGACGCGUCUACUCUACACAAUUGAGAAUAUCAAACGAGAUGAGAUAUGCCAAAAUGAGGACACAGUAGCCUUACCAGAAGGGGCAAUUCUCAAGAGCGUGUUCUUCUCAGAUAACGGGGAUCCGUGCAUUUACGACUCAACUGGCACUCUACUCACACUACUCCACUGGCGGCAACCAUCUCGGGCUUGCUGGGUACCAUUAUUGGAUACCAACCUUCUCUCACGUCUAGCAUCUGGGCGAAAGAAUGAAUCAUACUUCCCAAUUGCAGUAGCAGACAACAGGUUCCACUGUAUCAUUCUCAAGGGCGGCGACCAAUACCCCUAUUUCCCGCGACCACUCUUAUCGGAAUUUGACUUCUCCAUACCAUUAGCAUCACCACCUGAUAAGAAGAAGAAGAAGAAGAGUGACGACGCUGAGGGUGGCGAAGACGAGGAGAUGACAGAAGACAAGGAAGAAGAGGAUGAAGACGCCGAGAAUCGAAAACUCGAGCAGCAAUUCAUGCUCAAAGGUGUACAGGCCGCUCAACUACGAGAUCUGGUUGACGCAACCUCUGGUAAUCACACUCAGAGAUCUCUGCUUUCCCGUAUUGAGCUGGAAAUCGACAAGACUCUCCUGCAGUUACUGGCAGUUGAGUGUCGUCAGGGCGAAGAUCGCGGUAUGCGUGCACUCGAAAUGGUGGAGCUCAUGCGCGACAGGACAGGUCGCAUGAUGGAGGCAGCUGGCAAGGUUGCCGAGAGGUACGGUCGUACGGUCUUGGGCGAGAAAAUUCGGGAAGUUGGGGAGAAGAGAGCCGGUGGUAUGGACGAGGAGGAUUUCUAA